GCGAUGAUGAAACGACGUGUCGUUGGGAAUUGGGAGAAGCAUAACAUAUCAGACUUGGGUUUUGCCCGAAAGAAACUUCCCGCUCUCUCGUUGGUUGGUAGCAUCAGUGUCUGCAGAAGCAUUGAAGGGACCAGUCCUGUUUUCAUUUGAAAUUCAUCCCUGAAAAUGAGCAGUUCAAGGGAGAGCUCCCCGGAUUGGUUGCGUUCUUUUCAGGUGCCGUCUCAUUCGCCUUUGGCACUGUCCUCUGAUUCUGGGUCUUUACGGGAUGGUAAAUCUCGGAUUGAGGAUAAAACUGACAAUGAAGGGUCUUCUCCAAAGUCUUCCCAAUCUUUGAAGGUUACCGGAAGCAAGAGAAAGACACCAGUGAGUCCAGAAGUUGAAAGUCAAACACUAUCCAAAAGAAAGAAAUUAGAUAAGAAGAAGGCCAAUGAAGGAAACAAAGAGGGGAAAAAAUCAGCGAGUGAAUCAAACAUCGACAAGAAUAUAGAACAUAAAGGAUCUAUUCAUUCAGUUUUGACACUGUCAUCAGAUUCUGAGUCAUUCCAUGAUCAUAGCCCAAAAGGAGAUCAUACUGAUCAAGUUAAAACCUCUCAGCCACAAUUAUCAGGUGAAGAAGACAGUGCAGAUGGACUUGUUUUUAGAAAUGUGGGAAAGUAUCCAUCCAAAAAGGAUUCAGAAGAAAAGUCUUCACAAAAACAAAUAGAUACCGACAGUCAUACACCAGUUAAAGGGAAGAAAAUUAAAGGAAGUGAAAAGGGAAAAAGUAGUGGUGGAGAUGUGAAUGUUGAAGAGGAAGAAACUUUUGGAAAGCUUUCUGAAUCAAAUGUUUCCUCCAGCAGGUUGCCUUUGAUGCUUUCUGAGAAAGUCCAUCGUUCAAAGGCACUCAUUGAGUGUCAAGGUGAUUCCAUAGAUCUGAGUGGUGAUAUGGGUGCUGUUGGACGGAUUAUAAUUUCAGACUCACCAUCUGGGGAUCAGGAAAUGUAUUUAGACUUGAAAGGAACAAUAUACAAAACAUCAAUAGUUCCUAGCCGGACGUUUUGUGUUGUUAGUUUUGGGCAGUCAGAGGCCAAGAUCGAGGCCAUCAUGAAUGAUUUCAUACAGCUGAAGCCACAGUCUAAUGUGUACGAAGCCGAAACUAUGGUUGAAGGGACACUGGAUGGUUUCUUCUUUGAUUCGGAUGAGGAGGCUGGCAAGAUGCAGAAAUCAACCAACCAAACUGAUCAACAAGAGAAUGGUGAGGAACAAGCUAAUGGUAAAUCCAAAGGGAAGGCUGACAAAACAUCAGGUGCUGAAAAGAAAAGAGGUAGAAAUACAGGAGGAAGAGCACAAGCAAAGGUAGCAAAGAAAAAAACUCCAGGUUCCAAAAGGUCAAAGACCAAGAAAUGAGUCAAAGAGGCUCUCUGUAAUAUGUUGUAUAUGUGAUGCACCAAUAUAACUCAACCCUUGGAUUAAAAGAAAUUCUGAAUUACUUUUCCCAUGAUCGAGAUGGCGAUAGUAGAAUAGCUGCUGUUAGAGUUUUUUUCAAACCCCGCACAGUAGAAUUGAAAGCUUAUAAUCUGUGGAAUGAGUUCUCAGAAAUUCCUUAUAAGGUUUAUUUUAUUGGGCCCAGUUUCAAUA